GGCAGAGGCUUUAACCCACUGAGCCACCCAGGCGCCCCUAGGCAGGAGGAUUUGAGGGGAAAAAAAAUCCAUAGAACCUGAUUCUUCUGCCACCCAUCCCACACACUCACUGGGUUUUGAACAGGCUUCAGGAUGGAGGUUGUGACAGACACUGCCUACCUUUUUUGCCACCUCGCGUGCUCCGUGUCAUGUACCAAACGGCAUCUUAGAGAACUUUCCCUGAGAGUCACAUUUUUGGGAUGAAAAACAGGCCUGCCAUUGGCAAGUGUCCCCAUCAAACUGGUGGUGGUGGAAAGCCAGUAUGGUUCUAGGGAGAAGAGACACCCAGUAAGAGGGAGGACCCCUUUCUUCUCUCUCCACCCUGUUGCUGGAACUGUUUGUUUUCACAUGACCCACCUUGGCAGUGACCCAGGAUGACUGUUGCUCCGUCCCAUCUUGCAGUGAAGCCGUUGCCCCAGAGUUGCACUGGGAAUUGCGGUAGGGUCAUUCUCAGCCCCUUUGCCUUCAGGUUUGGGGCGUUAGAUCUAAGGCUGUUCAGGAGGGCCAACCGGUUGACUACAAAGGAGUCUUCUGGUAUGCGCAGCUGGGGCUGGAAGAGGACCAGCCUCAGCCUGGUGGCUGGGUGGAAGAAGGUAACAAUCUGACAACUUCAGGGGAACAUCCAAGCCAUAGCUGCACUGGGUCACUGGCAAGUGUCAAGUGUGCUGGUAAAACCAGAAACAUUGAUCAAUACCCAAGUUCUAAAAAAUAAUAAAUAAAUAAAUAAAUAAAGCAAAAUCCCACUUCGAAGUCCAUGGCACCCUCGCUCACACGGGACUCAGCAAGUUUCGGAGCUGUGUGCACAAGGAACAAAACCCCAGACAGGGUCCAGGCAGCCGUGACUGUGACCGAAGCUCACUUCUGAUCUGUUCUGUCCUGACAUAAACACUCUGAGGAGCUGCAGGCUUGGGGUCACAGCUGGGAUAAGGGACAUUCUGAGGGACUCAGGGGUGGGGGAGCAGGGAGUAAACAAAAGGGACAGGUGCACUACACACAGAAACCUGAGACACAAAGACAGUGGGAUCUGGAGGGGAGAGCCUGAAAUGGUGGGGCAACUGGCCUGCUGACAGUCUCAGUCUGACAUGCCCUAGCAGCAGCAGAAAGGAACAACGUUGACCUUUAGGGAGAGUGACAGGAGGAGAGCCAAGUGCCCCCACCCUCCACUGCUGGCUGCUCGUGCUGCCUCCGGUGCUGAGGAGGGGAGAGGCGAGGGAUGCUGAGCAAGGUGGAGGCUUGUCUUUUGUAGAGUAGGACUGGGGACUCCUGCAGGCGGUGCCUCAGUUUCUCCCUUUGUUUCAAUGUUUCAAGCUUUGCGGGUAAAGUUAGAGCUAGCUGCCCUGGAAGAUCACCUGUCCUGAUUUGAGGGAUGCGUGUGUGAGGGAGAGCCGGUGAGCCAAGCGUGCUUGAGCAGGGGAGGAACUGGGCCAUGCCCCAGGACUUGAGCCAUCUCUGGCACAAAAGGAGUUAAUGGCAGGGACCGCGCCCCCCCGUGUCCGGGCACGCGCAGCGCGCCCCCUCGGUGCGCGGGCACAGCAGCCAGGCUGCCGGAGAACAGAUCUCGGGAAUUCAGGUGCGGAGCCCUUGGCCUGGAGGCGAUAUGGGUGGUCCGCGGACCGGUUCAGUCGCUCGCAACAGCCUGGGGAACAGGCCUGUCUGGCCCUGAGGGAGUCCCCUUUCUGAAGCUGUGGUGCUUGGACGACCUCUCUACGUUGCCGGGCACCUGUAGGUGUCCCUCGAGAGCUCAGUCUUGAGGUUCAAGUCAGUGUGGCCAUGAAGGGGCUGCCUGUCGGGCUGAUGCUGUGACCCUGGAGUCUGCCUUUCCUGCCAGUCCCCCUGCCCGGAACAUGUGGCUGCGGCUUGGCCCGCCCUCGCUGUCCCUGAGCCCCACGUCCACGAUUGGCCGGAGCCUGUGCCUCACCCUGUGGUUCCUCAGCUUGGUGCUGAGGGCCAGUACCCAGGCCCCAGCGCCCACAGUCAAUACUCACUUUGGGAAGCUAAGGGGUGCCCGGGUGCCACUACCCAGUGAGAUCCUGGGGCCUGUGGACCAGUACCUGGGGGUGCCCUAUGCAGCUCCCCCCAUCGGCGAAAAACGUUUCCUGCCCCCUGAGCCACCCCCAUCCUGGUCGGGCAUCCGGAACGCCACACACUUUCCCCCAGUGUGCCCCCAGAACAUCCACACGGCUGUGCCCGAAGUCAUGCUGCCCGUCUGGUUCACUGCCAACUUGGAUAUUGUCGCUACUUACAUCCAGGAGCCCAACGAAGACUGCCUCUACCUGAAUGUCUAUGUGCCCACAGAGGAUGUAAAGCGGAUUUCCAAGGAAUGCGCCCGAAAGCCCAACAAGAAAAUUUGUAGGAAAGGAGGAUCCGGCGCUAAGAAACAGGGCGAGGACUUAGCGGAUAAUGACGGGGAUGAAGAUGAAGACAUCCGGGACAGUGGUGCUAAGCCUGUCAUGGUCUACAUCCAUGGAGGUUCGUACAUGGAAGGGACAGGCAACAUGAUUGACGGCAGCGUCCUCGCCAGCUAUGGCAAUGUCAUCGUAAUCACCCUCAACUAUCGGGUUGGGGUGCUAGGUUUCCUGAGUACUGGCGAUCAGGCUGCCAAGGGCAACUAUGGGCUUCUUGACCAAAUCCAGGCCCUCCGCUGGGUGAGCGAGAACAUUGCCUUCUUUGGUGGCGAUCCCCGCCGUAUUACCGUCUUCGGCUCAGGCAUUGGCGCGUCCUGUGUCAGCCUCCUCACGCUGUCACAUCACUCUGAGGGGCUUUUCCAGAGGGCCAUCAUCCAAAGUGGUUCUGCCCUGUCCAGCUGGGCUGUGAACUACCAGCCGGUGAAGUACACCAGCCUGCUGGCGGACAAGGUAGGCUGUAAUGUGCUAGACACGGUGGACAUGGUGGACUGUCUUCGUCAAAAGAGUGCCAAGGAGCUGGUAGAGCAGGACAUCCAGCCAGCCCGCUACCAUGUGGCCUUUGGCCCUGUGAUCGAUGGCGACGUCAUUCCUGAUGACCCUGAGAUUCUCAUGGAGCAGGGCGAGUUCCUCAACUAUGACAUCAUGCUAGGUGUCAACCAGGGCGAAGGGCUCAAGUUCGUGGAAGGGGUGGUGGACCCUGAGGAUGGCGUCUCAGGCACUGAUUUUGACUACUCAGUCUCUAACUUUGUGGACAAUCUGUAUGGCUAUCCUGAGGGUAAGGACACCCUGAGGGAGACCAUCAAGUUCAUGUACACAGACUGGGCAGACCGUGACAAUCCGGAGACCCGCCGCAAAACACUGGUGGCGCUCUUCACUGACCACCAGUGGGUGGAGCCCUCGGUGGUGACCGCUGAUCUGCACGCCCGCUAUGGGUCACCUACAUACUUCUACGCCUUCUACCAUCACUGCCAGAGCCUCAUGAAGCCUGCUUGGUCAGAUGCAGCUCAUGGGGAUGAAGUACCCUACGUUUUUGGUGUCCCUAUGGUAGGCCCCACCGACCUCUUCCCCUGCAAUUUCUCCAAGAAUGACGUCAUGCUCAGUGCUGUCGUCAUGACCUACUGGACCAACUUUGCCAAGACCGGGGAUCCCAACAAGCCGGUCCCCCAGGACACCAAGUUCAUUCACACCAAGGCCAACCGCUUUGAGGAAGUGGCCUGGUCCAAAUACAAUCCCCGAGACCAGCUCUACCUUCACAUCGGGCUGAAACCAAGGGUCCGCGAUCAUUACCGGGCCACCAAGGUGGCCUUCUGGAAACACCUGGUGCCCCACCUAUACAACCUGCAUGACAUGUUCCACUAUACGUCCACAACCACCAAAGUGCCGCCCCCGGAUACCACCCACAGCUCCCACAUCACCCGCAGGCCCAACGGCAAGACCUGGAGCACCAAGCGGCCAGCCAUCUCCCCUGCCUACAGCAAUGAGAAUGCCCAGGGCUCCUGGAAUGGGGACCAGGAUGCAGGGCCGCUCCUGGUGGAGAACCCUCGUGACUACUCCACUGAGUUAAGUGUCACCAUCGCUGUGGGGGCCUCCCUCCUGUUCCUUAACGUUCUGGCCUUCGCUGCCCUCUACUACCGCAAGGACAAACGGCGUCAGGAGCCCCUGCGGCAGCCCAGCCCUCAGAGGGGUGCUGGGGCCCCUGAAUUGGGAGCUGCUCCUGAGGAGGAGCUGGCAGCUUUACAGCUGGGCCCUACCCACCACGAAUGUGAGGCUGGUCCCCCCCACGACACACUGCGCCUCACUGCACUGCCUGACUACACACUGACCCUGCGCCGCUCUCCUGACGACAUCCCACUCAUGACACCCAACACCAUCACUAUGAUUCCCAACUCCCUGGUAGGGCUGCAGACAUUGCACCCCUACAACACCUUUGCCGCAGGGUUCAACAGUACUGGGCUGCCCCACUCACACUCCACUACCCGGGUAUAGCUCCAGCCCAGAGCACAGCCUAACUCCUGGCUCCCUCCUGCCCAAAUUCAUGGACACACACGCACCCACAGACACGCAAAGACACACAUGUACGCACGCAUGCACACACACACACACACAGACACGUACACGCAGAUAUGUAUACACACCCACCUACACCUGACAGCAGACCCACCUGCACAAACAUAGACAGAUGUGGACAUGCACUCGCAUGCACAAAAACACAAAUAAGGAAGUAAACCUGAACAAACCCUUCAAAUGGGGACGCAAGUGAGUCCUUGGGAAACUGAGGACCUGUGGAACAGCAGCUGAAGCCAGCUCCCUGAGCCUGAUCACAGACACUCCUGGGGGCCCAAAAGCACCAGCUGGACACCCCCUUGGUGCUCGCCUUCCACCUCUUUUGGAACUGCACCACCCACCAACUCCAGACUUGGGAGCUUUAAAGAGCAGAGCAGCUCUUUCUCCCCCAAGACUUGGUCUUUUUUCUGGGUCUUGUUUUUGUUGAUUUUUAAAAUAAUUUUGGAACACAUGCUUCUCCAACCCAUGAGUGCAAAGAGGCUCUGGAAGGGAGGCUCCAGGCCCAUGUCUAUGUGGCUCUGGCACCCCCAGGGCUCACACAAUCCGGCCGAGGAACAUGACCACCCCAAGAAAGAAACAGAUUUGAGCAAGACCAUGGAGUGGAAGGAGAAAGGGGCUACCGCUGGAUGGGGUUGGAGGGCCACAAGGGAGAACUCUCCAGCCAUCUAUCUCUGUGUCCCUGUGGAGGGCUCUAGAGACUGCAGGGUGACCUGCUUUCCCCCAAAGGCCAGGAACACUGGCCUGGUUAGACCAGGGGACCCUAGAUUUGGUGAAUGAGGUUCUGGUGGAGGUCGUUGCUAUGGGGCCCCUGGGUGUAAUCUGGGUUCUGCCUCUGCCUUUGGGGUAAUGGUAUCAGAAACUCACCCCAUUUUCUUUACCAAGUCUCUUUUGUGUCUGUCAUUUCUCUUUCAAAAAGGCGGUGUUUUUUUGUUGUUGUUGGCUUUUUUUUUUUUUUAAAGAAAAGUUCUUAAAACACUAACGGAAACCCAUGGAGUUUGUCCUUUGUAAAAAUUUUAAACACAGUGUCUUGAUAUAAAAAUAAAAAAAUCCAGUUAGCACUCCCAACCUGCCUCCCUUGCACAGGCCUUGCCCCAACAGACCUCCCAGCAGGGUGCCCCUGUGGGCUAGGAAUCAAGCCUGUCUCUGUGUCCUGUGCCUUUAAACUGAGACAAGUCUGGGCUACACUCCCCCGCGGCCCCCCGCCAUGCAGGCCUGUCCAGUCUUAAGCAGGUUGCCCUACCCUUACCCCCCUGCACUGCCCCCCAACGCUCUGGGUUCCUGCUGCUGAAGCCUUCUCUCAGCACCAUGGGCCUCCUAAUGAAAGGGCAAAAAAUAAUACUUCCCCCUCCUCCUUUUCUUCCUCCUCCGCCCCCACCCCCAC